CGCCUAUCAUCUACUACUCAUAACACUUCCGUAGCCAUCUGUCGUAUCAUAUGUCCAUCCAGUCUUCUCAUUCUACUCGACAAUUCUUCACUUCCAAAACAAAAAGCAUACAGAUCAAUCAAUCAACUCUGCAUGACCCAUUUGAAAGAUGGGGUCUUUGAAAACAGAAAGUCAAAUGGAUAGAGUAGAAGAAUCUGGAGUGAAGGAACCGAUUGUGUACGUUAAUGGGGUCCGACGAGUUUUGCCUGAUGGGUUGGCGCACUUCACUCUGCUUGAGUACCUCAGAGAUAUAGGCCUGACUGGGACAAAACUUGGGUGUGGUGAAGGAGGUUGUGGGGCAUGCACUGUGAUGAUUUCUUAUUUUGAUCAAAAUUUGAAGAAAUGUGUGCAUCUUGCGGUAAAUGCGUGCUUGGCUCCUUUGUAUUCGGUAGAAGGGAUGCACGUGAUAACAGUUGAGGGCGUCGGUAACCGUAGAUACGGUUUGCACCCUAUCCAGGAAUCAUUGGCACAUUCGCAUGGCUCACAAUGUGGUUUCUGCACCCCUGGUUUCAUUAUGUCCAUGUAUGCCUUACUCAGAUCAUGUGACAAACCACCCAGCAAAGAGGACAUUGAGGAAAACCUUGCUGGAAAUUUAUGUCGGUGCACAGGUUAUAGACCAAUAGUUGAUGCAUUUCGUGUAUUUGCAAGAACAAACAAUGCAUUGUACACUAAUGAAUCAUCAGGCCUUUUAAGCCGUGAGUUUGUUUGCCCUUCAACUGGUAAACCGUGUUCAUGUGGGCUGAACAUGAAGGAUGAUAGAGAAACUGCCAAAAGGAGUAUCUGUUGUGGUGAUGUUUUGAAGCCAAUUUCUUACAGUGAUACGGAAGGAGCUACAUACACUGAGAAAGAGCUUAUUUUUCCUCCAGAACUUCUAUUGAGGAAACUAACUAAUUUAUCUUUAAAUGGUUCAAAUGGACUUAAGUGGUAUCGUCCGUUAACGCUUCAGCAUGUAUUUGAUAUAAAGGUCAGAUAUCCAGGUGCCAAAUUAGUUGUGGGAAACUCAGAGGUGGGUAUUGAGACGAGGCUAAAACGUUUCCAUUAUCCAGUUCUGAUCCAUGUCUCUCAUGUGCCUGAACUUAAUCAAUUGAUUAUAAAAGAUGAAGGCUUGGAGAUUGGUGCAGCAGUUAAACUUUCGGAACUAGUUAAAGUAUUAAAAGUAGUUUUAGAUAAGCACUCUCCUUUUCAAACUUCAUCUUGCCGAUCCAUCCUUGAACAAUUAAAGUGGUUUGCUGGAACGCAAAUAAGAAAUGUUGCAUCUGUUGGUGGAAAUAUUUGCACUGCAAGUCCUAUAUCAGACCUAAACCCUUUAUGGAUGGCUGCUGGAGCAAGGUUCAAAAUAUCUGAUUGUAGAGGGAUAACACGCGUAUGUCCAGCAGAAAAUUUUUUCCUGGGUUAUCGUAAAGUGGACCUGGCAAGCAAUGAGAUUCUUCUUUCAAUUUUUCUUCCUUGGAACUCUCCAUAUGAAUUUGUGAAAGAAUUUAAGCAAGCUCAUAGGAGAGAUGAUGACAUUGCUAUUGUGAAUGCUGGAAUGCGCGUCUGUCUUGAAGAGAAGGACCAGAAGUGGGUGGUUUCUGAUGCAUCAAUUGUUUAUGGAGGAGUUGCUCCUUAUUCUGUUUCCGCAAAUGAAACAAAGAAAUUUUUGAUAGGCAAGCAUUGGAACAAAGAGAUGUUACAGGGUGCUCUGAAAGUACUGGAGAAAGACAUUGUGCUGAAGGAAGAUGCACCAGGAGGGAUGGUAGAAUUCCGGAAAUCCUUAAUCCUAAGUUUCUUCUUCAAAUUUUUCUUGUGGGUUUGUCACCAAAUGGAUGGAGUGGCAUUCUUUGACGAAACAGUACCAGAGUCUCAUCUUUCAGCAAUAAAGUCAUUUCAGCAUCCGUCCAUUAUUGGAAGUCAGGAUUAUGAAAUUGUAAAGCAUGGAAGUGCUGUUGGAGCUCCUGAAGUCCAUCUUUCAUCAAGACUUCAGGUAACAGGUGAGGCGGAGUAUACAGAUGAUGUUCCCAUGCCUCCGAACAGUUUACAUGCUGCACUGAUAUUGAGUAAAAAGCCUCAUGCUCGUAUACUUGAGAUAGACGAUGUAGCAGCAAAGUCUUCUCCUGGAUUUGCAGGAAUAUAUUUUGCCAAAGAUGUGCCUGGGACCAAUAAGAUUGGGCCAAUCGUUGCAGACGAGGAACUUUUUGCUUCGGGAAUUGUCACAUGUGUGGGUCAGGUUAUUGGGGUGGUUGUGGCUGAUACACAUGAAAAUGCUAAGCAUGCUGCUCGCAAAGUCCACAUUCAAUAUGAAGAACUACCCGCAGUCUUAUCCAUUGAAGAUGCUAUUCAGUCUAAUAGUUUCCAUCCUAAUACUGAAAGGUGUCUGAGGCAGGGGGAUGUGGAACACUGUUUCUUGUCGGGGCAAUGUGAUAAGAUUAUAGAGGGAGAGGUAUGGGUUGGGGGUCAGGAGCAUUUCUACUUGGAGCCAAAUAGCACUUUAAUAUGGACAACUGAUGGCGGAAAUGAAAUUCAUAUGAUAUCAUCUACUCAAGCCCCUCAGAAGCACCAAAAAUAUGUGGCCAAUGUUCUCGGUCUCCCAAUGUCCAAAGUGGUCUGCAAGACCAAAAGAAUUGGUGGUGGAUUUGGAGGGAAAGAAACAAGGUCUGCUUUCCUUGCUGCUGCGGCUGCCAUCCCAUCAUAUCUAUUGAAUCGCCCUGUGAAGAUUACAUUAGAUAGGGAUAUAGACAUGAUGGUAACUGGACAACGCCACAGCUUUUUUGGGAAGUAUAAGGUUGGCUUUACAAAUGAUGGAAAAAUAAUUGGUUUGGAUCUUGAGAUAUUCAAUAAUGCGGGAAACUCACUUGAUCUCUCACUUGCGGUGCUUGAACGUGCCAUGUUCCAUUCGGACAAUGUAUAUGAGAUUCCAAAUGUGAGGAUUAAAGGGAAGGUCUGCUUCACUAAUUUUCCUAGUAACACUGCAUUCCGAGGAUUUGGGGGACCACAAGGUAUGCUGAUUGCAGAAAAUUGGAUUCAGAGAAUUUCUAUGGAAGUUCAGAAAUCUCCAGAAGAAAUUAGGGAGAUCAAUUUUCAGAGAGAGGGAUCAAUUUUGCAUUAUGGUCAACAAAUUGAACAUUUCACCUUAGAGCGUCUCUGGAAUGAACUGAAGGUGUCCUGUAACUUUUUGUCUGCUUGCAAAGAAGUUGAGCAAUUCAAUCUUCAGAAUAGAUGGAAAAAGCGUGGAGUUGCUAUAGUCCCAACAAAAUUUGGCAUCUCCUUUACUGCCAAGUUUAUGAAUCAGGCAGGAGCACUUGUUCAAGUCUACACAGAUGGAACAGUACUAGUCACACAUGGGGGUGUUGAAAUGGGGCAGGGUUUGCAUACAAAAGUUGCACAGGUUUUAUAUCGGAGACGAGUACUGAUAAGGUCCCAAAUGCGUCGCCAACAGCAGCUUCUGCAAGUUCUGAUCUAUAUGGUGCAGCAGUUUUAGAUGCAUGUGAACAAAUAAAAGCACGAAUGGAACCUAUGUCAUCAAAACAUAAUUUUGGCUCAUUUGCUGAGCUAGCUUAUGCAUGCUACAUGGAGCGGAUAGACCUUUCUGCUCAUGGAUUCUAUAAAACGCCUGAUAUUGGCUUUGACUGGGCAACUGGUAAAGGGGUUCCAUUCAGGUACUUCACUUAUGGGGCUGCAUUUGCUGAAGUUGAAAUUGACACAUUGACGGGAGACUUCCACACAAGACGAGCAGAUGUGAUUUUGGAUCUUGGUUUUUCGCUCAAUCCAGCAAUUGAUGUUGGACAGAUUGAAGGGGCAUUUGUGCAAGGUCUGGGAUGGGUGGCUCUGGAAGAGCUGAAAUGGGGAGAUGCAGCUCACAAAUGGGUACCACCAGGCUGUCUGUAUACUUGCGGGCCUGGUACCUACAAAAUUCCUUCCAUUAAUGAUGUCCCCUUCAAAUUUAGCGUCUCCCUCCUCAAGGAUGCUCCAAAUGAUAAGGCCAUCCACUCAUCGAAAGCUGUGGGCGAGCCCCCAUUUUUCCUUGCUUCUGCCGUUUUCUUCGCUAUCAAGGAUGCCAUUAUAGCUGCGAGGGCUGAAGAAGGCCUCACUGGUUGGUUUCCUCUCGAUAAUCCGGCAACUCCUGAACGUAUACGGAUGGCUUGUAUAGAUGAAUUCACGAAAUCCUUCAUCGACUCUCAUUUCCGCCCGAAGCUUAGUGUUUAGUACCAGUCCUGGAUGCUUGAUCACCACACAAAUAAGAGUAAAAGACAUUCAGACAAUAACUUAGUCCAUUUAAAUCCAACAAUGUACGAUUUGUGACUCUUUAUACCAUUAUAAAAAGAUGGUCUUGGUGAUAUUAGCCAUUUA